AAUAAAUCCCUCGAGCAAUAUUGGACAGCAAGAGAGAAAUGAACCAAAAUACAGGCCCGUCCUGAUAUAAAUCACCGAAUGCUUUUAAAAAAUAAUACAAAAUAAUAUAACGUAAUGUUUACUGGUAUUUGGUCGCGCGGGGACAAUUAACGACAGUAUGAUCUGUUGUCAAUAAUGGACUGGGAUUAUAUCGUUAUACGGUCAUCACAGUAUUAUAAUCUUGAUGCUGCGGCAGAGAGCGACGACAUCCCCCUCACGAACCAUUGAUUGCCGUCCAGGGGAAGGAAUUAUCCAGGCGGCUGAAACCCUCCGGGCGUAGAACAGGAGGCAUCUCUUCUAAACCGCGCGCCGUGGAACAUCAUGUCUGCUAUGAGGACAUUGACGGUGGCGGGACUGUUUUUGUCUUUUUGCGCCUUGGGGCUCAUAGCAGUCGCAAUAUGUACUGACAAUUGGUACGAGACGGAUGCGAGGAGGCACAAGGAACGUUGUAAGAAUUAUUCCAACAAAAGGAACGACCCUGGAUUCAUCUAUAUCUCCAACCAGAACCUCCCACUACGUAUGUUACCGAAGGAGAAUAACGUGGAGAGGAAGGGGUCGAGUGGGGGAGUUCUCCUGCGGGCUAAGCGGCACUUUUUGCCCCCUGCCCCGGCCAUGGAGUCCCUCUGCAGUCGGCAGUACAACUCCACCAUCUCCGGGCUGUGGAGGAAAUGCCAUCGAGAGGGAUUCGACCUGGAGACAGAGGAUCUUAUCUUUAAAGGGUUGGUUCAGCGCUGCACACCAAUCAAAUACUACUACUCUUCUUUAGCCCUCCCCAGACAUCUGAGCAUCAAUAUAACCAAGACUAUUGGUCAGGAUGAGUGGCAUGCACUCCACCUGCAGAGAAUGACAGCCAGCUUCAUCGGCAUGGCGGUGUCCAUCAUCCUGUUCGGCUGGGUGAUCGGAGCUCUGGGCUGCUGUCAGCAGCAUGACCUGAUGCAGUACGUAGCUGGACUCUUGUUUCUCAUGGGAGGAACGUGCUGUAUCAUCUCUCUGUGUACAUGUGUAUCAGGGAUCAACUUCCAACUGUCCCGUUAUCCUCGCUACAUGUAUGGGAUACCAGAGGACAUCAGUCACGGAUACGGUUGGUCCAUGUUCUGCGCAUGGGGGGGCCUAGGUCUCACCCUAUUGGCCGGCUUCCUGUGCACCCUGGCUCCUUCCCUAUACCCCCCCGUCCCUCACACUAUGGUAGAGAGGCUGCAACGCAAGCCCCGACAUGAGAACGGCUGUGUGUGACCCCAUAGAAAUCAAAUACUAUUUGAGUUGAAUACAGGAGUUUGUGUGUGACAUUCAGUGUCUGCCAGAAUUUCUCUCAUUCCUCCUUAGUCUUGUUUCUUCUAUGAAAAAGAGAUGCUUCUCUGUUCUGACUGGACAGGAGACGUUCCCCAGGGACUAAGAACUAAGAUCUGUCAGUGCUGUGUGUCUGACUGCACAAAGAAAGAAACAGACAGAAAGACAUUGGCUCUGGUUCUCCAGCUGGAGGGGGUCGGAUGGUGACUGUGGAGGAAUUCAGUUCUUCUUGUCUUCGGUCCUCCUCUUCCUCCUUCUUCCUCCUCUUCCUCCUUCUUCCUCCUCUUCCUCCUUCUUCCUCCUCUUCCUCCUUCUUCCUCCUCUUCCUCCUUCUUCCUCCUCUUCCUCCU